CGCAAGUAUUUCUUUGCACUUAUUCUUAUCCUCAAUUGUACCGUUUGCUAACAGAAAUAUUUUGUAGGUUCCAAAUCCUUUAUUUGAUCUUGCAGGUAUAAUGUGUGGCCAAUUCGGAAUUCCAUUUUGGGAGUUCUUUCUGGCAACAAUGAUAGGGAAAGCAAUCAUCAAGACUCACAUACAGACGCUGUUCAUCAUUUCCGUGUGUAACAAUCAACUUCUUGAUUGGGUAGAAAAUGAAUUAAUUUGGGUGCUGAGCUUUGUACCUGGUUUCGCCUCUUUCCUUCCCAGCAUUGUUGCCAAGCUUCAAUCCAUGAAAGACAAGUACAUGGCCACUAAACCUCGUGUUCCUUUAAAUGUCGAGGCAAAGAAAUGGGAUUUCUCGCUCGCUUUCAUUUGGAAUACUGUGGUGUGGUUCAUGCUAAUGAACUUCUUUGUCAAGAUUGUGAAUGCAACUGCACAAAGGUAUGCAAAAGAACAGCAAGAAAAGGAAAUAGCUACUUUGGAGAAGAAGUCCUAAAAGCAUUUAUAUGACGCUGAUCAUUCAACUAGAUGAACUGCUGCUCUCGUUCUUUUCAUCAUUUUCUUUUCGAUUUUAUUAUAUGUCUAGAAUUCGGGGAAUUCUAAGUGAUGGUUAUAUUAGUCGCCAUUAAAGUCCCCGGAAAACACGUGCAUCAGUGAGUCCCCGAGGAAAGUUGUACAGUGAAAAACGGAGAAUUUGCUCAAUCAUCGAUUCUGUAAUCCUAGGGUAGGGAGGCAUUUUUACUGGAGGGGGAUUCUACUGGCCAUUGUUAACAUUGAAAACAAGAUAUGAAACUUCAAUAAUAUUCUUAGGUAUUCGAUUAUAAGUCA